AUGCUGCUAUCCCAGUUCCUUGGCCAGCUAGGAACCAAGCCUAACAGCAAAACCCUUUCACGGCUAUUUAACCUUGACCCAGCUACCAAUAAGUUCAUUGUCGGCAUCUACAAUGACACACGGGAUUUUAACAGUCUCAAACAACAAGUGAACCAGGUGGAGUUUUACGACGGCGGCUGGCCUGCAUUUGACCAAGUGGUGUUUAGCUUUGUUCGUCUAUGUUCCCAGUUGGACCCUAACCUGUUGGUGAUGCUGUUUGACUUGUACGCUCAGUUUUUAAGUGAUGUUAGUGUUGCCUUCACUAACUUGGGUAACGGGGCGCUAAUCGCGUCAGUAAUCGCGCCUACGGUGGACACGGUGGUGCCAAUGGCCCGCAAAUUGGACCAACAACUAAAGAAUUACGAGGCCGACGCUGUGUACCCGCGGUUGACGUUUUUGGCGUCGGUGCUUCUUCGGGUAUUUAACCAUAUCCGGUCUCAGCUCGGGGAUAACACCCCCGAAGCAAAACAACUGUUGUUGCUUUACGUGUCAAACAAGUUGUGCUUCAUUUAUAACCAGAUUGGUAACCCGCUUUUGUGUCAAAAUGUGUUUUCCAACAUCACCACCGCCAACCUCAAGUUCUCGCAAUUCCCCGCUGCUGACCAACUUCAAUACCGUUUCUACCUAGCCAAAUUCUACCUCAUUAAGCAUCACUUGGUUGAUGCCUACCGCCACUUCUCCUGGUGCGUGGAACGGUGUCUGGCUCGGGAACGAGAGCGAGUGCUUAAGUAUUUGGUACCGUUGGGGAUGAUGCUUGGUCGCAGUCCCAACUUUAACGGUAUCACUCGCCAGGCAGGUGCAGUGUCGUGGCUACCCGUGUAUCGUGACAUUGCUGGUGCUGUCAGUGCCGGAAACUACGCCGGGUUUGUUGAAGCCGUCACCCGCCAUGAGGCCUACUUGAAACAGAUGGGACUACUAGUGUUGGUGCGAAGCAAGCUCGAAGUGGUGCUUUUCCGUAAUCUUCUUCGCCAGGUGUGGAAGAUCCAGGGCCAGGCGCUGACGUUAACCUACGGUGCCAUUCAGAAUGCCCUUCGACUUCUGUGGGGUGCCUAUGCGCCUGAGGGCGGCGUCGAUGCCCUUGUGGUCGAAAAUAUGGUGGUAUCACUCGUCGACCAGAACCUUCUACGGGGUAAACUAGUGCUGAGUGUUUCUAAAGUGGCCGUGGCCAGUUCGAACGUGUUUCCGGAGAUCAGCGGAAUUUACACGCAGAAGUUUGGCGGCGCUGGCGACAAGUGGAUGGACGAUUAG